AAAAUCAUUGGAACACCAAGAAAGAAACUAAAACAUGAGUUCCAUAGACAUGUUCAAAAGAGAGUUAGAAGAGCAUGCACUUCGCAAGAAGGCAAGGAAGAGCCUAAUCAUCAUAUCUGUCUCUGUUAUCCUGUUGGUGAUCAUCAUUAUAGCUGCAUUGGUUGGAGGUCUAAAGAGGAAUGACAACUCUAACAAAAGUCCCCCUUCCUCAUCUUCAACUCCCACAACCGAAUCUAUUAAAGCUAUAUGUGAGGUGACCUUGUAUCCAGACUCUUGUUCUUCCAGCAUUUCUUCACUCAAGAGCGCCACAAAUUCUACUUCAAACAAUCCAGAGGACUUGUUUGUGCUCUCCCUCCAAGCCGCGGUUAAUGCACUUGUAGAGUUCUCUUCUUUUACUCAAAUGCUGGCCGACUCCAAUUCUAUUAAUAGUCCCUUAUCAAAGAAUGCAUUAAGUAGCUGUGAAAGCAUCAUCUCGGAUGCCAUUGAUUAUGUCAACAUGUCAGUUGUAAGAUUCGCGGAGACUGAGAACAAGUUGUCUCCAAGCACAAGCACUAUAAAUGACAUAAGGACAUGGCUCAGUGCAGCCAUUACUUAUCAGGAAACAUGCAUAGAUGGGCUACAGGAGUUUUCUCAGGGUAAUAUGAAACUAACUGAAGAAGUUAGAACUGCAAUGAGAAAUUCCACUGAGUUUACUAGUAACAGUUUAGCAAUUGUUACAAAAAUACUCAGCAAACUCAGGUUUCCUAUGAACAGAAAGUUGCUAAACUCAGAAGUAGAUGGUAGUCCAAGCUGGUUUUAUCCAAACCGCAGACUUCAAGAUAUAGAAAAAAAUUUACCAAAGCCUAAUGUGACAGUAGCUAAGGAUGGCUCAGGCGACUUCGAGACCAUUGGAGAGGCAGUGAAAAACAUUCCUGAGAGGAGUCGCUACAGAUUUGUCAUCUACAUAAAGGAAGGCGUAUACGUUGAGAAUGCCACCAUUGGCAAGCGUCAAUGGAAUGUGACCAUGUAUGGUGAUGGAAUAGGGAAAACCAUCAUCACCAAUAAUUUGAACGUCGUGGAUUUAACACCUACAUUCAUUUCAGGCACCUUAAUUGCAGAAGGUAGAGGUUUCGUAGCAAUGCACAUGACUUUCAGAAACACAGCAGGGCCAGAGAAAGGACAGGCCGUAGCAAUGCGUUCUUCAUCAGACCAUUCCAUCUUCUACAAGUGCUCAUUCGAAGCAUACCAAGACACCCUUUACGUGCAUGCCAACCGCCAAUACUACCGUGACUGUCAGAUCACAGGAACUGUAGAUUUUAUAUUUGGGAAUGCAGCUGUAGUUUUACAGAAUUGCACAAUCCAACCAAGAGAGCCUCUUCCAAAACAGUUCAUUGCUAUAACAGCUCAGAGCAAAUCAGACCCUAAUCAAAAUACAGGAAUUUGCAUCCAGGGAUGUGAUCUCUCCACCACAUUUAACAACCAAAAUGUGACAGCUGAUACUUACUUGGGGAGGCCUUGGAAGGACUAUUCAACAACAGUUGUCAUGCACUCGAAGAUUGGACCAUUAUUGAAUCCUCAGGGAUGGACUGAAUGGGUCAGAGAUAUUACACCACCAGAAACCAUUUUCUAUGGGGAGUAUCAGAACUCAGGGCUAGGCUCACUGCUAGAUCAGCGUGUUGAAUGGGAUGGCUAUAAACGAAAUCUCACUGAUCAACAGGCCUCAAAAUUUACAGUAGAGGGACUUAUUCAGGGAAGUGAAUGGCUAGUGGAUCACGCUAGACUUUACAAUUAUGAUCUUAAUAUGUGACCUCCUGGGAAUUUGACUGUAUUUGAUAUGUAUACAUCUAAAUUCUAAGUAUAGCCCAAGGCCUUCAUUCUUUACAAAACUUUUAUUACAAUGCAUAUUAUGACA